GAACCGAGGGACCGGGGUAAUGCGAGCGAGGCGGUCGGAGCCGGAGGGGGGGGGGCAGAGACGGAGGCGGGGACAGGCGCGGAGAAAGCAGCCGGGGCCCGGGGAGGCGCCCGCCAGCGGCCGAAGGGGCGGAGGCGCAGGCUCGGCCCCCGCCCGCCGUGCCCGCCCCUGCUCCCAACCAGGUCGGACCGCACCGCAUAAAGGCUCGGGCGCGGGCGGCGCUGCUCACACCAGCCGUGUCGGUAGCAGCAGCAGCAGCAGCAGCGCGGGUGUCAUCAUGUCUGGCCGGGGCAAGGGCGGCAAGGGGCUCGGCAAGGGCGGCGCCAAGCGCCACCGCAAGGUGCUGCGCGACAACAUCCAGGGCAUCACCAAGCCGGCCAUCCGCCGCCUGGCUCGGCGCGGCGGCGUCAAGCGCAUCUCGGGGCUGAUCUACGAGGAGACGCGCGGCGUGCUCAAGGUGUUCCUGGAGAACGUGAUCCGCGACGCCGUCACCUACACGGAGCACGCCAAGAGGAAGACGGUCACGGCCAUGGACGUGGUCUACGCCCUCAAGCGCCAGGGUCGCACUCUCUAUGGCUUCGGCGGUUAAAGCCUUGCGUUCUUUUUAAAACACGGCCCCCAUAUCACAAAGGCUCUUUUAAGAGCCACCCACAUAUUCCCUGAAAGGAGCUGUGUUGCUGUGUGUUGAUAUUUACUGUUGCACUUACCGCUGGUUCCUUCCCUUUGACACUGUACCUCUCUUCCCUCCCUCUCGCUGUCCUGCUCUGAUUAGGUCAGGCUGCUUCUUCUCAGCGGCCUUUUGUAAAAAAACUGGGGUCUCUUCCCUUUUCAAAUUUCAGCAAACAAUAAUAUGCUUAAGU